UCAUCCUUCUCCUCGACCGCGACCAGUCUGUCUCGCAGUCUUUUUUCCUCCUCCUCACCCUUUCUCGCACUGUCCGCUAUCCUUGUCGUAUUCUGAUCAGCUGUUAUCUUUCUUCUCAAAUUGCAUCUCUACUUCAGUCGGCUUGUGGGUAGCCCGGAACUACUGAGCUAGCGUUUUUAUCCUCCUGCCGACUCCCUAUUCAACCGUGAAGGAGCUGUGUUAUUCUUGGAAAUUUGCUGUAUUUUGAGAUGUCAACUCACGUACCAAUAAAUGGCGUCAAGAUAUCUCCCAUCGACGAUCCCCACAAAGUCGUCAAGGUUAUUGCCUCCGAUGGAAAGACCGCGGACACGAGGGAAAUAUCAUACAGCAACUGUAAAGUCAUUGGAAAUGGCUCGUUUGGUGUUGUCUUUCAGGCAAAGUUAGUGGGUGCACCAAACGAUGGUGAAGAUAUCGCUAUCAAGAAGGUCCUGCAGGACAAGAGAUUUAAGAAUCGUGAACUACAGAUCAUGAGGCUGGUCUCCCAUCCCAAUGUCGUCGACUUGAAAGCAUUCUUCUACUCCAAUGGUGACAAGAAAGAUGAGGUAUAUCUCAACCUCAUGCUCGAAUACGUUCCCGAGACUGUUUAUCGCGCCAGCCGCCACUAUGCCAAGUUGAAGCAACCGAUGCCAAUGUUGCAAAUUAAACUGUAUAUGUACCAACUCCUGCGCUCUCUCGCGUACAUACACUCGGUUGGCAUUUGUCACCGGGACAUUAAACCCCAGAACUUGCUGCUGAACCCUGCGACAGGAGUUUUGAAGUUAUGUGAUUUUGGCUCUGCAAAGAUAUUGAUAGCUGGGGAACCGAACGUUAGCUACAUUUGCUCAAGAUACUACAGGGCUCCAGAGCUUAUAUUUGGAGCUACCAACUACACGACUAACAUCGAUAUAUGGUCCACCGGUUGCGUCAUGGCAGAGUUGAUGUUGGGACAACCCCUAUUCCCUGGGGAGAGUGGUAUCGACCAACUUGUGGAAAUCAUCAAAGUUCUUGGUACCCCUUCAAGGGAGCAGAUCAAGACCAUGAAUCCGAACUACAUGGAACACAAAUUCCCACAAAUUAAGCCUCAUCCCUUCUCGAAGGUUUUCCGACCACGUACUGCACCAGAAGCGAUAGAUUUGGUCGCUAAGCUGCUAGAGUACACCCCAGGGGCUAGGUUGAGUGCUGUGGAGGCAAUGGUCCACCCAUUCUUCGAUGAACUUCGGGUGGAAGGAGCCAGGAUGCCGAAUGGGAAAGAGUUCCCUCUUCUUUUCGAUUUCACUAGAGAAGAGCUCUCUGUUCGGCCAGAUUUGAUCCGAAAGCUUGUACCGACCCAGUGCGAGGCCGAGCUACGCUCCCGAUCUGUUGACUUGGACAACUUUGUACCGAUACCAUUGGAACAGCUGAAAAUCACGCUGGAUUGACGGAGCGAUGAGCUAUCUUCCUAAUGUACUGCUUUUGUUCGGUAUAUUCUGCCUUUUCCCCUUCUUUGAAUUGAUUGUGCUCUACACACUGUAUACAAGAUGUCUAUAGCUUUUACAUUGAUUAUAUAUGCAUCUGAGGCUGGCCGACAGAA